AUGGAUCUGGAGCAGUUUGAGGUCUUGGAGCUCGUGAACAAGAUCCGCAACGAGGUUCUCAACCACCUUGGCAUGGACGACAAGUCAAUCGCCGAGUUUAUUAUCCAUGUUCACGAGAAAUCCGCAGACUACACCGCCUUCAAGGACACUCUGCAGGAUGCUGGCGAUUUCUCGCCUUCCUUCAUUGGAAAUCUCGACCGUCUUAUCAGGACCAUGCACCCCAAAUACAAAAAAGCUGAGGAGCCAACUGUCGCUGACAAAGCCGCCAUCGCAGACGAAAAGUCACACAAGUUCCCUGGCUUGGCCAUUCCUGACAGACCUGGAUGGGCAAGUACAAGCCCAACCUCCUUGGCAGACGAUGAAAAACCAAAGGAAAAGAAGGCAGCAGGAGGCGAUGACUUUAUGUCUGAAUUCGAAAACAUGAUCGAGAGCACCAAACAAGAGACAAGGAACAAGAGCAGGAGCAGGAGCAGGAGUCGUUCGCCAAGACGCAAGAGAGCUCGCUCACGAUCAAGAGAUGGCAAUAGGCACAGCCGGAGUCGUAGCCCUCGCAGAGGAGACUACAGGGGGCGGAGCGAGUCAUCGAGGUCGUCGCUGGAUGAUGCGCCCGUUCUCUACAAGAUUUACACUGGCAAGGUCACCAACACAAAACCAUUUGGCGCUUUUGUUGCGCUGGAUGGUGUGAAGGGCAAAGUCGAGGGAAUGGUUCAUAUCGCCAUGUUGGCGGCCGGUCGAGUGAACGAGGUCUCGGAUGUGGUCAAGAGGAACGAAAGCGUCAAAGUCAAGGUCAUGUCUGUAACCUCCACCAGAGUGUCCCUCUCCAUGAGGGAUGUCGACCAAAAGACAGGAAAGGAUCUCUCGCCCAAUCUUCGCAUCAGGACAAAGGAGGAGAUGGCUCAGGAUGCAGCACGCAACCCCGAUCGACCUUCAUCAUCUGCAGUCCCCAUUGUCGACGAUGUCGAGCCAAGGUCAUCCAAGCUGAAGCGCUUGUCAUCACCCGAGCGAUUCGAGCUGAAGCAGUUGAGGGCGUCAGGAGUUCACAUUCCAAUGGGCCAAGACGACCUGGAUGAGGACUUUGGGACGAUUGACAACAUGGAUGCCGAGGAGGAGCUGGAUAUCGAGCUUUGUGAUGACGAGCCCUUGUUCUUGAAGGGACAAGCACGCCACGCGCUGGAUCUCAGCCCUAUCAAGGUCGUCAAAGCACCGGAUGGUACCAUGAACCGCGCUGCUCUUUCGGGAGCAGCGUUGGCAAAGGAGAGAAAGGAGCUCCGUCAGUCUGAGGUCAACGCCGAAUACGACUCUGUUCCUAAGGACAUCAACAAGCCCUGGCUUGAUCCCAUGCCUGAGCCAGGCGAGCGCAACUUUGCCCAGGAUCUCAGAGGAAGCGCAGCCAGCGGCAAGGCUGGCCAAGUCCCCGAGUGGAAGGCGAACACUUUUGGCAAGGCAACCACAUAUGGAAGGAUCACAAACCUGAGCAUGCAGCAGCAGAGGGAGUCUUUGCCCAUCUUCAAGCUUCGGACCCAGCUCGUAAGCGCCGUGAAGAAUAACCAAAUUUUGAUUGUGGUCGGAGAAACAGGAUCAGGAAAGACGACGCAGAUGGCUCAGUAUCUGGCAGAGGAGGGAUUCACCGCCAACGGCCGUAUUGGAUGCACGCAGCCCCGUCGUGUUGCCGCCAUGUCUGUCGCCAAGCGUGUUGCCGAGGAAGUUGGGUGUCGUCUGGGACAGGAGGUUGGAUAUACGAUUCGAUUUGAGGACUGUACCAGUCCCGAGACCAAGAUCAAGUACAUGACAGACGGAAUGCUGAUGAGAGAGUGUCUUAUCGAUAUGACCAUGUCGCAGUACUCGGUCAUCAUUCUGGACGAGGCUCACGAGCGCACAGUCAGCACGGAUGUUUUGUUCGGACUCCUGAAGCAGGUCUGCAAGAAGCGAAAGGACCUGAAGAUCAUCAUCACCUCCGCAACAAUGGACGCCGAAAAGUUCUCGACCUAUUUCUAUGGUUGUCCCAUUUUCACCAUCCCUGGACGAGCCUUCCCUGUCGAGAUCUUGUACACCAGAGACCCUGAGUCGGACUAUCUGGAUGCCUCCCUCUACACCGUUAUGCAGAUCCAUCUUUCUGAGCCUGCUGGAGACAUCCUGCUGUUCUUGACUGGUCAGGAGGAGAUUGACACGGCAGCCGAGAUCCUGUAUGAGCGUAUGAAGGCAUUGGGACCCAUGGUGCCCGAGCUGAUCGUUCUUCCAGUCUACAGUGCUUUGCCCUCGGAGAUGCAGUCUAAGAUUUUCGAGCCUACGCCACCAGGUGCCCGAAAGGUCGUCAUUGCCACCAACGUUGCCGAGACAAGUAUCACCAUCGAUGGAAUCUACUACGUCGUCGACCCCGGAUUCGUCAAGCAGAACGCCUAUGAUGCCAAGCUGGGAAUGGAUUCUCUGAUUGUCACGCCCAUCUCGCAAGCUCAAGCCCGCCAGCGCUCUGGUCGUGCAGGAAGAACUGGCCCAGGAAAGUGCUAUCGCCUAUACACGGAGGCAGCCUAUGUCAACGAAAUGAUGCCCAACCCCGUUCCCGAAAUCCAGCGCACCAACCUCGCCAUGACCGUGCUGACGCUGAAGGGUAUGGGAAUCAACGACCUGAUCAACUUUGACUUUAUGGACCCACCGCCCGUCCAAACUCUCUUGACGGCCUUGGAGCAGCUGUUCGCGCUCUCAGCAUUGGAUUCCGAAGGACUGUUGACUCGUCUUGGCCGCAAGAUGGCCGUCUUCCCUAUGGAGCCCCCACUCGCCAAGAUGUUGAUUCUGUCGACGGAUCUGAACUGCUCGGAGGAGAUUCUCACCAUCGUCUCUAUGCUCAGUGUCCAAAAUGUGUUCCAUCGCCCCAAGGAGAAGCAGGCCCUCGCCGACAGCAAGAAGGCCAAGUUCCAUCAGCCAGAGGGUGACCAUCUUACGCUCUUGACUGUGUACAACGCAUGGAAGGCGUCCAAGUUUUCGAACCCUUGGUGCUUUGAAAACUUCAUUCAGGCGCGCGGUAUGAAACGUGCCCAGGAUGUCAGGAAGCAGCUUCUCGGAUACAUGGAUCGAUACAAUCAGGAUGUUGUCUCGUGCGGCAAGAACUACACCAAGGUCAGGAGAGCCCUUUGUGGAGGUCUUUUCCGACAUGCUGCCAAGAAGGAUCCUCAGGAAGGUUACAAGACCCUUGUCGAGGGUACGCCUGUCUACAUCCACCCGAGUAGUUCCCUCUUUAACAAGAAUCCUGAAUGGGUUAUUUAUCAUGAACUAGUCAUGACGACCAAGGAGUACAUGCGAGAGGUCACGGCGAUUGAGCCCAAAUGGCUGACGGAAGCUGCGCCAACGUUCUUCAAGGUUGCGGACGCAAACAAGAUCUCGCGCCGCAAGCGCCAGGAGAAGAUCGAGCCGCUGUUCAACCGGUACGAGAAGCCGAACGAAUGGCGUCUCAGUCGUCUCAAAACCGGAAGCCGCGUCUCCCAAACAUUCUAG